AUGGCCGGUGAUCUUGAUUCGAACUCAGUUUGUGUGAAUAUGGAAAGAAAAGAUAAUCAAAGUAUUAAAUUGAACAAUGAUAUUAUUGAAAAUUCAGCAAAUCCCAAUCAAGCAAUGGUUCUAACGCAUCGCCAAGAUAUACCUAAAGCCAGCGCAAAUUUGCCUAACGAUAGUAGUCCAGGCAGUUUUGUUAAAGUACCAAAGAUGGAUUUAGAAAAUUUAGUAGCGGAAGUUAUGCAACUAAAAUCUUUCCUUCCGAAGAUUGUUGCUGAUGACCAGCGUUGCCUGAAUCAUUUUCCCUCAGGAAAUGUUACCGGCAAUAACUACCAACAAUUAUUUCAAGAUUUAAAAACUGAAUAUGAAAAUUUAAGGUUCAAACAUGAGCAACUUGAAGAUGAGGUGAAAGUGCAAAAACAGGAAACUGAUCGUUUGCAGGGAACUUUAACACAAAUGAAUGAAGAAUUAUCACAACAACUAGAAUAUUGCGCUAACAUGGGUGCUUCGAUGGGAACGAUGCUGUGGAAGCUAUCGAAAGAUGAACAGUGUGUGCAAUCGAUGCUUGUUGGGGUCAGAACGGAAGAGUUUUUACGAUUGGUAGCACAAACGAUAGAUAGCUUUAUCGCUACGUAUUCUGAUAAAUCUGUUGCUAUGCCUUCCGAAAUUUCUGAUGAAUCCGAGUACAUUCUGUCAUUAUGCGGAAUCGUAACAAAUAUGGCAGCUACACCUGAUGGGCGAGACUAUCUAAUUUCUAGUGAAUGUGGUCGUGAGGUUUUCGAAGCAUUUUUUACCGUUUUGUGUGCAGCUCCAAAUAAUAAGCUUAGGCUAUUGCAGUCACUAGCGCUUGAACCAGACAGUCCAGAGUUUACCAAAAAGUUACAAGCAACUAUUCCAUUGUCUUUAAUUCAUAAUUUUAUUGACGAUUCUAGUUCAGAGGUUAAGAUGGCAGCCAAUGAAUUGUUAUCAGAUAUUACAGCAAUCUACCACAAAUAA